AUGACGAACCUGGACAUGUUGCUGCUGAAAGGCGCCUCUGCGAGCGAUCCAGAGGAGGGCCUGCAAGAAUUGCGCUAUACGAUUUUGACUAAGGGCAUACCCGCUAAUAGUGAAGGCAUGUCGGAAUUGCGCAUAUACAUAUGGCUCAUCCUCCUCAACGCGCCCCCUCUUCGCACCGACGUCUAUCUCGAUCUCGUCCGCCAAGGCGCAUCUCCAGCGCACGCCAAAAUCCAGAACGACACCUUCCGUACAUUUCAGGGUGAUCCUCUGUUCCGACGACGCGUGACCCAAAAUAGCAUUACACGUGUUUUGAACGCUGUCGCGUGGAGACUCAAUGAUGCACACGAGGCUCGCGUCAAUGGCUGGCAGUCACCACCAACACUAUCAGAGUUUGGCGGCAGUCCUGAUACAUCGAUGAUGGGCCGUCAUUCAGUGACAGGCGGAACCCGCACAGAAGCAUCCACCACGAAUGAUGCCGAGCAGAUUGGCUAUGUGCAGGGUAUGAAUGUGCUCUGUGGCCCGUUUUUAUAUGCGGCAAGGAGCGAGGUUGAGGCCUUCACAGGCUUCGAAAAGCUCAUCACCCAGGAGUGCCCAGGAUAUGUCAGAGGCUCCAUGGAGGGCGUACACAAGGGGCUGGCUUUGGUGGAUAGGGUGCUAGAAGUGGUCGAUCCCAAAUUGUAUGGACAUCUUAUGGCGCACAACAUGGAGGCUAAGAUAUAUGCAUUUGCUUCGGUACUCACCAUGUGCGCUUGUACGCCACCAUUACCGGAAGUUCUUCAGCUCUGGGACUUCCUCUUCGCCUACGGACCUCAUCUGAACAUUCUAUGCAUCGUCGCGCAGCUGGUUCUUAUUCGAACAGAUAUCUUGAACAGCCCAAGUCCCAACACGAUUCUACGCAACCUCCCCGGUCUGAACGCUCAGAAGAUUGUCGCUGUAGCUAUGAGCUUCGCCGGCAAGAUACCCGAAGAUAUGUACGCUGAGAUAAUCAACCACGCAAAAUGA